GCCAUGCCGCAGCCGUAGGCAGCCGGCGGCCGCUCCCAGCCCUCGGCCUCCGCGGCCUCCGGGAGGCGCGGCGGCGGCCCGGCGCUGCCCGAUGGGCGGCCUGCUGAGCGGCGUCAGCUUCAAGGAGCCCACCACGGUGGAGGACUGCGACUCCACCUGGGAGACCGACUCGGAGCCCGAGGCGCCGGAGCCCGGCGGGGAGCCUCGGCGGCAGCAGCAGCAACAGCAGCAGCAGGAGGGGGUGUGCACCGCCGCGGGAGGCGGGGAAGAGCCGCCCGCCGCUGACGACCGGCCCGAGGAGCCCCCGCGGCCGCCGGAGCAAGGAGAUCGGGCGGAGGGGGACGCCGGCGGCCCCGAGCAGAGCAGUGAUGGAACCGAGCUGACAGCCAAGCCAAAGAGAAGCUUCUAUGCAGCAAGGGAUUUAUACAAGUACCGACAUCAGUAUCCACAGAACUUCAAAGACCUCCGAUACCAAAAUGACCUGUGCAAUCUCCGCUUUUACAAAAACAAAAUCCCUUUUAAACCUGACGGAGUAUAUAUUGAAGAAGUCCUAAACAAAUGGAAAGGAGACUAUGAAAAACUGGAACAUAACCACACGUACAUACAGUGGCUUUUCCCACUGAGGGAACAAGGUCUGAACUUCUAUGCGAAAGAAUUAACUACAUAUGAAAUUGAGGAGUUCAAGAAAACAAAAGAAGCAAUUAGAAGAUUCCUUUUGGCGUACAAAAUGAUGCUGGAAUUUUUUGGAAUAAAACUGAUUGAUAAAACUGGAAACGUAGCACGAGCUGCUAACUGGCAAGAAAGAUUUCAGCAUUUGAAUGAGUCUCAACACAACUACUUGAGAAUCACUCGAAUUCUGAAAAGUCUUGGUGAACUUGGAUAUGAGAGUUUCAAAUCUCCUCUGGUAAAAUUUAUUCUCCAUGAAGCUCUUGUGGAAGAUACCAUUCCCAAUAUUAAGCAAAGUGCUCUAGAAUAUUUUGUGUAUACUAUUAGAGACAGAAGAGAAAGGAGAAAGCUUCUGAGAUUUGCUCAGCAACAUUAUUCACCAUCAGAGCAUUUUAUCUGGGGACCCCCAAGAAAACAGAAGUCAGAGGGAAGCAAAACAAAUAAAAAGCCAGCAUCUCCAAUUUCUAUUCACAGUAGUUAUAUUUCUAAGCAUAAGAAACUGAAAGAGCCUAAGAGUACAUCCACGAGCGGAACCUCUGCUAGUAAAGCAACUGAAGAGAGAAAAGUAGAAAUCACAAAAAAUGGAGAAGAAAAUGAUCAGGAUGAACAAGAAAUGAACUGUGAUGCUGUUAAGCAGAGCAGUGAAAAGAACAGCAGUACUGAUACUGGUCAGCUUUCAAAAUCAGAAGAAAUUCACGAUCCUUCAGACAAAAAAGAGGACGCUUCUCAGUCCAAAAAGGAUGAUGAAAAUAUGGACAAUGACUGUGGAAACCAUCCAGGUGUUAUAGAUAUAUCUUUAUGUGACACUGAGAAUUGUUCAAAUAACGUGUCAUCAGAUCUACAAGAUAGCCUUGAUAAGGAUUCACCUUCAGGGGGAACCACUACAAAAACCAAGGAUGAGAUCAAAUUAUGAAUCAGAGGUUAAAAGUCUUUGCUUCAUAAUGAAUGAAGCAAAUUAUUCAUCAGUUCUUCAUUCCGUGUGAAAUUUACAUCUAAUCUAGUAUAAAACGUUCAUGCUUGUUGGGAAUGCAUCGGAUUAGGCUUCUGUUAUGCUAAUGAAUUUUGCUUUUUUUAAUCUCAGUUUAUCAGGUGAGAAUCAAGUGUAGUUGUUUUAAACUAUUGUGUAAACUCAAAGCCUAGGAAUUCAUAAUGUUUUCCAGACAUAUUGCAUAGGAAAACAAAAAAUAGCACUUUUUCUCAUUAAAUUCAUCCAGUAUUUAUUUAUUUAUUUUAAAAUGUAACUUUCUAGUAAGCCUUGGAACAUCCAAUUUGAAAUUUGUUUUAAUAUGCUUUCAGUGUUGAUUUCUUUUUAUGAAAUGACUAGAAAUUAUUUCAAGAGCAAAAUUUUUCACAAGUGGGUUUUCCUUGGGAACUAUGUUCAUGUCGAAUGGCAGCAUUUGCACAGCAUCUUUUACCUUAGAUUAGCACCCUUGUCUGAGACAAUAGAUCUUGAAACAUCCUAUGCAGCUGGAUAGCCAUUACAUCAAAUAAAUGUGUAACUUACGGUGAAACUGUAUACACAGCUUUUGGGUACAAGGAAAGUUGCACUUUAUCUUUUAGUCUCUUUAAAGCUUUCUCAUGCCUCAUUUGCUGCUCCUGCUAAUUUGGGUUGUGAGGUGGAGUCAUUCUUAGAUUUGGUCUCAGCAUGAAAGCUCUCUGUUGAUCAUCAGUUGGCUUUGGCAGCUGGAAAGCCCCUUUCCCUAGGGAUCAACCACCAGCAGCUCAAAAGCGGUUCUGUUUGUUUGUUUUUGUUUGUUUGUUUUCCCCAUAGCAAAACACUGCUUAGCCAUCAGAGCCGUUGGAGGAAAUGUCACCUGGCACAUCCAGCUGAAUCUGAACUAAAUUUGGGUGAGGUCUGUGCAGUGCAGAAUCUCCUGAUGCUGGCCUGUGGUAGGAAGCCAGUCCUGCUGGUCUGUGAGUGAAAGGAAUUUCAAAUCUUUGCUCUCCAUCAGAGAUUUUUCACUUUUUUAUGUUAUUUAAUAGGUUGAGAACUGAGAAAAGCCCAUCUGCCAGCCUGGCUAGAGCAGAUAAGAAUUUCAGUUUUGUUUACUUAAGGACCACGUGAUUUUCCUGAGCAUCUUUUUUCUAAAUUCAUGCCAUUCGGUCAAGCAAGAUGCUACCCAGCAGGUUAAUUUAUACCGUAUAGAUUAAGAUGCAGUGUAGGUAGAACUCAUGCUUUCUACAGUCCUAAAAUAGUCUACUAUAUGUAUUUUCUAUUUUAAAGUGUAUAUAUUAUUAUCCACUGCCUUUAAUGUAUUUUUGAUGAAAUAUUAUAAAGCAAAUACCUGACUAUGGUUUGAGUGUCAGAGUGCUGCAAGACUUCAUUCGAGUCUUGUAACUCAAAAUGACAGUCUUCAGGGGUUUAAAAACAUAGAUGAAAUGUCUUGUAUUUUUCUCUAUCACUGAUUUCCAUUAUGGCAGUGCAUCAUCUCUUUCUUUUCCCAGGUAGCUUUGUUUCUUGGGGUCAAACAGAGUUAUGAUUAGAGAUCUUGGUACCUAUGGAGGAAGAUUAAGCUCUUUCCAUCCAAAAGAGACAGAGGGAAGUUAUAUUUCUACUUUUUCUGUGUUUUCUUGUAAGGAAAGGAUUGUAUGUAAAUGUUUUCAGUUGUGUUUUUUUGUUUGUUUGUUUUUAAGCAUAGCCCAGGUUGCUCAGCAGGCAUUGAGUCUGUCUGAAUGGAAAUGUCCAAGAGAAUUCCCUCAUGAAGUCAACGCUUCAUGAAAGAUGAACAACUCAGCUGGUGCUGAGAAUGACGUUCAGAUUGCCUGGUCUUGAACUCGUCCCUGACCUUCUGAGCAGAAGAGGGCAGAAAAUGCUUAGAUAAAAUUAGUCUAUGUAGCUAAAGACUCCAACCCUACACAUACACUCAGAGAGGACAGUUCUGUAUUCUGCCUAUGACUUUUUAAAUCUUGAGUGCCUAACCACGCCAACUUAAUAGCGUUGUUUUAACAUAGUUAUUACUUGAAUGGCAUAGGGAAAAUUUACACUGUGUAUGAAGAACAGAAGUAUAAGCUAGUUAUCCAGAACCUUCAAUUUUUAGACUUCAGUAUUGAGGUUAAACAUUUUUUUUUUUAAAUUGCAUAGUGUUCAAGUGGAAUAGGAGUCAGUAGGGGUUUUAUUAUAUUUAUAUUGUAAUUUGAUUGAACAUGAUCUCAGGAGAUUUUCCUUCAUUUGACUUCUGAACAACAGAAAGAGAAAUAUAGCUCUUUAACCAGAAAGCUGGUUGUAGCUUUCUGUGGGAUGCACGCCCAAAAAACUUCACUGCAAUAUGUUAUUCUGUUACUGCCACGUCUUGCACCUACCCUGCAUGUGCUUGCUGGCUGCCCACUCUUACUUAAGUACUUAAUGUAAAAGUUGACUUUUUUUUUUUACAAUGGCAGAACUGUAUGCAUUAAGGGUCCAGCGUGUCUGAAAAUAGAAUUGAGAACUUUGCAACUUGUACCUGUAUUAACUUUUUUUUAAAAUCCCCAGCUCAGUACAUUGCUACCACUGUUAUUCAAUAGAGAAGUGAGAACAGUAGUGAUAUGUCAACUACCUGUGGAGAACUUUGGGAUGAGAAAAGUUUUGUGUGUCAGUUGGCCUCCUUCUGUAAACUGUGUCUUAUAUCCGUGUCAGCAGACUGAAGUGUCUCCCAUGAGACUCUUCAACUUUAAGUGACAAAUUUGCUCUGCGUAAAAUGUGAUGGCGUAUCGUUGUUUUCAUAGAGGAGUUUUCUUCUGAUUUUGCAAGUGCUUGAAUGAGGGAUUCAUUGCAGAGCGAUGAAUGUGUAGCAUCCCACUGAGAUUUUUGAGGACCGAAUGGGUGCGAUGCAUUUUAUUACAGACUUGUGUCCUUGGCAGCUAGAUGCACCCUGUGCUUGUUUGUAAAUAUUGGCUUUGAGGUUUUCAAGAAUUCUCAUAAAUGCUAAUAUUUCAUUACUUAACUAUUACUUCAGCAACCGAGUGUGCGCAAACAAAGUCAGGACACUUGCUCACUAUUAAACUGUUUAGUUUUUUUUUUUAAUCUUGCUGUGCACUUAAAUAUUCAGGGAUUUCUGUGUGCUUCUGUCAUAAUGUGUGUUGGCCCAGUGUUUUACUAGGAUCUGAGCUAUUCACAUAUUAAUUGAAUGGAACCUCCCAUAUAGGGGUUCUUACAUCUGAGCAGCCUCUGCUACUGAGGGAGAAGUGUGCGUAUUCACAGGUCUGUGAAUUUGACUCUACGUAUCCUCUGGUGAGGGUUCACAAAUGUGUGACUUGACAGAAUGCUAACGAGUGCAUACACGUGAGUGAAGGCAAUUGUACAAGGCAUGAAAAAAUACAGCAUUUUAAGAUUAGUUCCAUCGCUGUGCCCUACUUGCUGGGACGUGACUGUGUCUCAGUACCUGAGGAUGGUGUAGCCUACAGGCCAAAAGCUUGGAUUCACAAGGCGUGCACCGCCAGCCGUUCAGAUAAGAAGAGCACUUACACAUUUACACGUGUCUAGGGGCAGGACUGCGUUAUUGGUGUCUAUUGCUUGUAUUUAAAGGUUUGAUCCUGAAGGAUACUAAAUAUAUUUGCAGUAAGCCUUUGAGAGCUGUUCUGUGGAUUGGUCAGCUCCUCAGUUUCCUGCUCUAAGUUAACAGCAAUCUAAUGUAUUAAGCAUUUGUAUAAUCACAGUUAAUAUUUCAUGUAACCCAAUAUAAACCUGUGUGAAUUGUUCCAGGAAAAUACUAACAAUCUGCAGUUACAUAUAUCUACUAAACUCAGAAAGUUUACAGACCUUAUGAGCUUUGUUUAACUUUGAUGGAUAUCAAAAUUACCUAUAAGGUAAGUCAAGGAAUUUUAAAUGGAAAACAGCUUUUUUUUUUUUUUAAAUAAAAUUUGUUUAUGUCUGUUUAAUUGAAUUAUUUUGUGCCCCUUUCUUUUUCUGACAGUUGUGACAGUAAUGAUUUGUCUAGUGCCUGAGAAGCGAGGGAGGAAUAAAUUGCUACUGAUUCAUCUGUUGUAGAGUCCACUUGGUAACAGCCUUUUGUGAUAGUAUUUGUGAUACAAACUGAAUUGCUGUAGACAAUUUCUAACCAUGCUUAUGGCUGAUUAUGGCUAAGAGGCAAGUCUUUUUAGAUGUCAUGUUGCCCAAUAUGAUACUGCAGUAUUGAGGAAAAAAUAAUCUCAUAGAACUGGAAAACGUUUUCCUUUUAGAAGAUGCAGAAUUGCUCAUUCUUAUUAAAAAACAAGUGAUCAUAAAUAUGUUAAUGCAGAACUAAUCACCAAUUAUGGUAAAAUACAUAUUUAAAUGAAUACGUACCUGUUCUUGUGCCAUACAUUUAAAGGUAGUAUAUUAAAUUUUCGUGACAAAAGUAGUAUUUAUGGGUAGGAUGCACAAAUGUGAAUGAAAUUUAUCCAUUAAUGAAGUUGACAAAAUCAUGUUAAUGGUGUGCAGUAGAUUAUAACCAAAGAUAUAUUGAGCCUUGUAUCCUGUGAGCAGCGAUGGCCACCAACAGUUUGUAGUGUGGAAGAAAAGAUAAAGGCUUUUUUUUCCUCCAUGCAUUUUAAUUUUAUCCUCUCAUGAUUCAGCCUUGACAAUCUCUUUUGGCAGUGAGCUCCAUAUUUUAAUUUUGUUUUGUUUGGCAAAAGUAAUCUAUUGUUCGUCUCAAAUCUGUUCAUUCAGGAUUUGCUAGCAUGUUUGAACACAAUUACUGAAAGUACUGUAAGAUGAACAGUAGUACAUUUCCUGCUGUUUUUAAAAGCCUUUGGAAAUUCUAAUAAGAUACCUGUUUAGGCAGAAAAUGUCACUUGCCCAAUGCUGCUGCUAUCUUACUUGUCCCUUCAGAAUAAAUGUUUACACAUAAAUCCUCCUGUAUGAAGUACUGGAAGUCAGAUUCCAAAUCCAGAAGUGAAUUGCAUUUCUACUGGUGUGAAAGCAAGAUCAGUCAGUGGAAAAACCUUUUCCUAGCCGGUGUCUGAGCAAAGUGAUGCUGGAUCUGAACUCAAGUAAUAAAAGCACGUAUUUGAGCGAACAUAAAUGGUGUGACAUGAUUAUGUAGAAGACAAAAAGCUUGUCUGGCGUGUGCUGAGAACCAUAUUCCUCAUUCCAUAUUUCAGUGACUAAUUUUGAUGCAUGUCUCCAUUUCCAAUUGUGAUUGAAUAUAGUAACCACUUAAAUAGUAUUCUCACUGUCAAAGGGAGCUUGAAAAUGAAGAGUCAAAAAGGCCUGCAGAUGGACUCAGCUCGACUUUCAUGUUGCAGUUGGGACCAUAAUAGUAGAGUCACUGCUCACAGGUAUUUAAAUACAAUCCUCCAAGGGGAAUCUAAAUUGUGUCUCUGUAACAUCUGUGAACCAUUUAUUUUCCUGAAAUCUCUUCCUCUUACAGCCUGCAUUUUUAGUAUACUUACUCUUAAGACUCCAGCAGAAAUUGAAAGUUUAUUUUAAAGAAUAUAUUUAAAACAUGCCAUAUGUAGUGGGCUCUUAAAAGAUAGUUCAAGAGCUAUGGAGAUCAAGUGAAGGGAGACCUCCUGUGGCUUUGCUCUUCUAAUCACUUAUAUUUAUUUUCAAAAGCAUAAAGCUGUUCUUUGAAAAAUGACAAAUGCGAGAAUUAGCAAAUUGUUCUGAAAGAAGACUCUUCUUAGGAACUUGGCACUUCUUAAUUCUACCUUGCUUACAAGUCUAGUGGUAUAUUCAUCAGCUAAGGUUUAUUGUGAAAUAUACUGAAUGUAUUUACUACUGUGGCUAGCAGCGUGAAAUUUACUGUUUGCAGUAAAAUGGGUUAUGGCAUUUAUAUUUUUGGGACCUGCUGAAGCAUGCUUGCUGGUUAUUAGUUGCUCCUUUUCUGACUUGACCUGUUCCUUUGUUGUUUGCCCUCUAAGCAGUUUGAGUUGAGUGACAGAUAAUGAGGUAUAGUUUUGCACUGAUGCAGAUUGGAGCUAUUGCACACUUCACUGUUAAAACUUACUCUAAUAAAAGAAGGUGUGGUAACUGCAAAAAUAAAAAAAAUAAAAAAAAAAAAAGAAAAGGAAAAAGAAAGGAGACCCAACGAUUUUUACUUGAGAACUGAAACAGCUACAUGUCCGUUUUUAUGAAAUAUUCUGCUCUCUUCUGUGUUCCUUUGCAGUGUUUAAUUACAGAAUGCCGUGCAUGUUUGGUAGCACCAAUACCAUAUGUAUGUGGUAGGAGUGGUAACCAGUUUUGGGUUUGUAACUCACUCUAAAGAUAUAUUUUAUAAUUCUGUAACUGUAUGGCAAUGUUAUGCCAAAAAAUUGUACAAACAUAAAAAGCAAUAGUUUACGUUGCUUACUGCUAUAUUUUCAGUCGCUUGUUUGUAAAAUGAAAUACUUGGAUUUCCUUUCAGGUAAAUAUAUUUUUAAUAACAGCAGCCAAAAAUCUCUAAAACUAAUAAAGCUUCUUCAUUUAGCAGCAUUGUUUUAACAACAUGUACAAAUACUGUGUACAUCUAAUACUGUGUAAUUGCUGUUCAGCACUUGUUUGUAUAGUCUUCUAUAAAUGUACUAACACCUGAAAGUAGGGCAUUAAAGGCUCUGGUCCUCC